GGAGGAGGAGGAGGAGGCCGAGGAGGCCCAGGCGGCAACAUGGCGGACGGGCGGGAGGACGCCGGCGGGGAGGGAGCGGGGGGCCCGCAGGGGGCCGCCUCUACCUCCUCGUCCUCGUCGUCGUCGUCGUCGUCGUCGUCCUCCGGCUCGGGCGGCGCGGGCCCGGCCCUCUUCCCGCCGACUUUCAGCAUCUCCGAAAUCAAGAACAAGCAGCGGCGCCACUUCAUGUUCCUGCGCUGGAAGCAGCAGCAGCGCAAGGAGAAGCUGGCUGCCAAGAAAAAGCUAAAGAAGGAGAGAGAGGCACUCGGAGAUAAGGCGCCACCCAAACCGGUGCCCAAGACCAUCGACAACCAGCGAGUCUACGAUGAAACGAUCGUGGACCCUGACGACGAAGAGGUGACCUACGACGAGGCGACAGAUGAGUUCGCUUCAUAUUUCAACAGACAGACGUCUCCCAAGAUCCUCAUCACAACAUCAGACAGACCUCGUGGGAGAACCGUGAGAUUCUGUGAGCAGCUGUCCACUGUCAUCCCAAACUCACACGUUUAUUACCGAAGGGGACUGGCUCUGAAAAAAAUCAUCCCGCAGUGCGUCGCAAGAGAUUUCACCGAUCUGAUGGUCAUCAACGAAGAUCGCAAAGUACCGAACGGUCUCGUAUUAAGCCACCUGCCUAAUGGCCCAACCGCCCACUUCAGAAUGAGCAGCGUUCGUCUGCGAAAAGAAAUCAAGAGAAAGGGGAAGGCACCUACAGAGCAUUUACCUGAAGUCAUUCUGAAUAAUUUUACCACCCGCCUGGGUCAUUCCAUCGGACGGAUGCUGGCUUCGCUCUUUCCACACGAUCCUCAGUUUAUCGGAAGACAAGUCGCCACGUUCCACAACCAACGGGAUUACAUCUUUUUCCGAUUCCACAGGUACAUUUUUAAGAGCGAGAAGAAAGUAGGAAUUCAAGAGCUGGGACCACGUUUUACCUUAAAACUAAGGUCUCUUCAGAAAGGAACCUUUGAUUCUAAAUACGGAGAAUACGAAUGGGUCCAUAAGCCACGUGAAAUGGAUACGAGUAGAAGGAAAUUCCAUUUAUAAAGCAGAGAGGAAACGGUACCUUGUGGAAUGCAUCACCUGGGCCUGGCUGCUGUGGAAUGUUUCUGCACCUAAGUUAUUUUUGACAGCCUCUUCUAAGCUGGGAGCACAGAUGUGUUCGCCAGCAGACAGACGCUACUCUUGUUUAUUCUUCGAACUUUUUACAGCCGGCAGUCGGCCGAGCUGCGGGGGGUUUUGACGUCACAUCCUUCCUGCCAGAGGAACUAAAUAAAAGGAGUCUGGGAAGAUAUUUUUAACAGG